AGGCUGAGUCCACGGCCAAAAGGCCCCGCACCACCAUCACGGCCAAGCAGCUGGAAACGCUCAAAAACGCUUAUAACAACUCGCCCAAACCGGCGCGGCACGUCCGGGAGCAGCUUUCAUCGGAGACGGGGCUGGACAUGCGGGUGGUGCAGGUCUGGUUCCAGAACCGCCGGGCCAAGGAGAAAAGGCUGAAGAAGGACGCGGGGAGGCAGCGGUGGGGUCAGUAUUUCAGGAACAUGAAGCGGUCCCGGGGGACCUCCAAGUCCGACAAGGACAGCAUCCAGGAGGAGGGGCCCGACAGCGACGCCGAGGUCUCCUUCACAGAUGAGCCCUCUAUGUCUGAAAUGAGCCAUUCCAACGGGAUUUACAGCAAUCUCAACGAAGCGUCCCCUGCUCUGGGGAGACAGGCUGGGACCAACAGCAGCUUUGCUCUGGAUCACAGUGGCAUCCCAGCUCAGGACCAGUACCACGACCUGCGAUCCAACAGCCCCUAUGGGAUACCCCAGUCACCGGCUUCCUUGCAAGCACUGCCAGGCCACCAGCCUUUAAUCUCCAGCUUGGUUUACCCAGACAACGGGUUGGGCAUCAUGGGACAAAGCGGACAAGGGGUGCCCCAGUCCAUGAGGGUCCUGGCCGGGAACGGGCCCAGCUCCGACCUCUCCACCGGCAGCAGCGGGGGGUACCCGGAUUUCCCUGCCAGCCCGGCCUCUUGGCUGGACGAAGUCGACCACGCUCAGUUUUGAUAGAGG